GUCCAAAACGUCUUUCGAUGUCACUAAUUUAUAAAUACGGUGAAUUUGGAUGAUUUUGCUGCACAUUUUUGACACAAACCCUUUAACGUUACUUCAGACAGCAGCUUUGUUUUUUGACCUUGAGGUGCUUUGCAAUAGACUGGAUGCAGAAGGGGGCUUGUCGGGGCCUACUGAGUGGAAACAGCAUCUGGCACAUGAUUAAAACUACAGAGCCUGCGCUAAAUGAAAAAACCACAGGAGCCAAAGGGACUGAGGGGAGAUGCUGUUGAUGCUGGUGUCCCUGUUCUGCUGUGUCCCUGCGUCCCAGGCCUGCCUGCAGUGUGACCGUAGCAUCAGGCUGCUGCACGAGGACUUCAUCUUGUCUGCUCCCACAGUUGACAAACAGAUAGAAAGGAAAAAGAUAUGUGACCAUGCCUAUGUGACCUAUAGAGAUACCAGCCGGGAAAGAAAGGGGGUCAUUGAUCCCACCACUCUGUACAGAGCCAAAACAGAGUACCAGAGUGAAUUUGAUCACUUCUUGAAAACGCAGCACAGCGGAUCUGGAACAUUUGAAGCCAUUCAGAUCAUGGAAAAAGGCCGGAAGAUCUUAGAGAAACACCUGGAUGCCUUCAUCCGUGAUGAAUUGUGCCCCAACAAAUGUGGGCUUCUAAACAGAAGAGUAAUGGACUGCUUCUCUUGCCGUUACAAGAUAUACAUCUGUCCCUCUCCGACUGGCCAGCAGGAUUGUGGUGAGCAUCCACUGCAGGCUGAGGAGGGAGGCCAGGUGGUGUUAAACUGUUUUCUUCCAUGGCAACGCCUUCUGUUGGGGACACCAGAGUAUCACUACUCUUGGGCCCCAGGAACACCAGGAACUGAGAAGCUGGAUGAAAGCGACUUCAAGGCCCUGGUCGUGACAGGUGACUCAUCUGUGGUCUUGAAUCAGCUGCGCGUCAGCGAACAAGGAACGUAUCGCUGCUCUCUGCAAGACCAAAACGGAACCGUCUUCUAUCGAGUGGCUUUCCUGCUCACCGUCGCCCCUCUGCCUCUCCAAACGCACCGAUCCUUCGUCACUCUGCCCCCCCCGCCUGGUGGAGACAACUACUCACCUUUUCAACCUUCAGAGGACCUGUUGGUGCCAGUCAUCGCCGUAGUUACCGCUCUGAGUCUGACAGCAGGCGUAGGCCUCACAGUUGUCCUGGGAAUGAUGAUGAAUCAGCGGAGAGCAGCAAAGGAGUUGAGAAUGAGGGAGGAGGAAAUAGUCUCAGAAAACAUAGUGUGAGGAAUCUACUGUAUACAGUCAACACGCGCUUUAUUGACUGGAAGCUUUUUCUCGCUUCUGGUUGUACAUUUGCUCUGCGGUCAAAUAAAUUUCCCAUGAAAAAGU